AUGAGUGCUCCUCGUGCUCGAGCAUCGGCGCUCGCCAUCACCUCUCGCCCGCCGUCAUACCGAUCCUCAUGUUCCAAAUACGCACACAUCCCACCGCCGCGCCCACAAUCAAUACAAGCAUGUCUGCCCUCGCAACGGCGGCAUCAGUCGUCGGUCGCCGCUGCCAUCCAGACGGCCAAGCACAUGUUCAGCAACGCCGCUCCUUCACCAAUCGGCAUUGAUCCGCUGCAGAGUGUCGCCAAAGAACUCAAGUUCUUGACUGGAAACAUCCAACAGUUACUAGGCUCUGGCCACCCCAUGCUGGAUACUGUCGCAAAGUACUACACGCAAUCAGAGGGCAAAUAUGUGCGCCCCAUGCUGGUUCUGCUCAUGUCGCAAGCUACCGCCUUGACUGUCAAGCAAGACCGAUCCACUCCCCGGGCUCUCGAUGUCGACUCGCCCAUAUCUCCCUCCGCCGUCCUCUCCGAUGCCAACCACUCCUCUCCCCUCACAUCUCCUCCUACUGUCGAUGACACGUCAGACACCACCGUUCUGCCUUCGCAGCGUCGUCUCGCCGAAAUCACCGAACUCAUCCACACUGCCUCCCUCCUCCACGACGAUGUCAUCGACAAUUCCAUCUCUCGCCGCUCCGCUCCCUCUGCCAACAUCCAGUUUGGCAACAAGAUGGCCGUUCUAGCUGGGGACUUCAUGCUUGGACGUGCCUCUGUAGCACUUGCCCGUCUUAGGGAUCCCGAGGUCACCGAACUGCUUGCUACCGUCAUCGCCAACUUGAUCGAAGGUGAAUUCAUGCAGCUACGCAACACUGCCUCGGACGAGAAGUACCCUGCGUACAGCCAAGAGACCAUGGAAUACUACUUGCAAAAGACAUAUUUGAAGUCCGCUUCGCUCAUCAGCAAGUCGACAAGAGCUGCCGCUAUUCUUGGAAACUGCUCUCCGGAUGUAGUAGACGCUGCGUAUAGCUAUGGAAAGAAUCUUGGCCUUGCCUUCCAGCUUGUCGAUGACAUGCUUGACUACACUGUCAGUGGAGCCGAGCUCGGCAAACCUGCCGGUGCUGACCUAGAGCUGGGUCUGGCGACCGCUCCUUUGCUGUUCGCCUGGAAGGAUAACAAGGAGCUCGGUACCCUUGUUGGCAGACGUUUUGCCGAGCAAGGCGAUGUGAAAAGAGCGCACGACCUCGUCAUCCAGAGCAACGGCAUCGAGCAGACUCGCGCCAUGGCUGAAGACUAUAUUAACAAGGCCCGCGAAGCCAUUGCUUUCUUCCCGGAGAGCCAGGCUAAGGCCGGCCUCCUGGAUAUGUGUACAAAAGUUUUGCAGAGAAGAAAGUAG